AUGACGGAUCCCCCCGUUACAGCCAGCCACUUUAACUGGGGCGAUCCAGUUGCUCCAGAUGGCUCCCUCCCUCUUGACUAUUUAAUGGGAUGGCUCAAGACCAACCUCACCAAGUAUCGGCAAGCUACUGACAAGCAGGAGGCACUGAGCCCGCUGUGUCGUGAGCUAAACGAGCACGGCGUCAAAUGCUCUCUGGCGAAUAGCGUAGUGGAACUCGAGUGUUUGACUCAUACUGCGUGGCGCACCCGCACGUGGAUCACACAUGCCAUGUACGAGAGUGAUCUGUUUGAAAGCUACUUUGACGGAGAAGAGCCUGAACUCGUGCGAAGUCAUCGAGAAUUUCACAUGCGUGGGUACAUUGCAACAAUGUAUUAG